CUUUUCAUAGUUGCACUUAAGCAAAUAACUAGUUUGAUGUUCUCCAUUUCAUGUUAAUGAGAAUGUAUCUCCUGUAUGGUGUAUUUAGGGUGUAUUGUUUGAUAUUUACACGUACUGUUUUAAAACAUUUAUUGUAGACUUAUCGUUUUUUAAUUGUUGUAAACAGCUAAAACAUCUUAACAAUACAAAAGAUUGUUCAAUUAAAGGAUAAAUCUAAAAAGAUGAAAAUUAACUAGUAUUUAAAUAUUCAGUUUUCAUACAUAGCAGUCUUAAAAACACACUGCGUCAAUUAUAAUAAUUGUGUUAUGGAUUUCUAUAAAUCAUAUAAAUAGAAUCUAUAUUAUUAAAUGCUUAUUUUUCUAUUUUAUUCUGUUUGUUCCUUGGACUAGAUAAAUAUGGAAAGUGGAAGGGAGUCCUUAAGUUUCUCGAGUCAACCUAAGGAGCUGCUGAAUGAGCAGAAAAAGCAGCAUUGGAAGGUUCUGGUUAAAAGUAGAAACCUAAAUCCUCAGCGUUGGGAGGAAAAUGUUCCAGACUACUGGCUUAGGGUUCAGUAUAUCCUGUCAACCCGGAUAAACUGGGCGGAGCUGUCUUUUCUCCAUCCUAUCCUGGAGUCCCUGUAUAAACAUGAGAUCCCGGAUAUUAACACUACCAAGAAGAUUCUUCGAAGGUUUAUCCGAAGUGUGUUGUGUGAGAUAGAAGAGGAUAAUCUGGAAAAUAAUUUUGAAGAUUUUAUUAGCUUCAUUUCUGGAACCAUAUCAGCCUAUCAGGAAGACGACAUGACCAUAAUUGGAAAUGAUAUUCUCGUCUCACUCUUGAAGAUAUAUUCUUCCAGGUUUCUUAGUGACAGCAACAAGGUAAAUGUCCUGAAUAUCCUGAUUAUGCUGGAACCAUCUGAUAGCGCAAGAAACAAGCUGCUGAAGUGUAUGGAUGAACUGAUGAAUAUGGCAGAUAUAAUGCAGUCCUGCGGGGAUAUGGAGACACAGUUAAAUAUAUCUAUCUUUCUAACAAGAUUAUUGUCUGGUUAUCCUGCGUCCCUAGAUUUCUGUUCAUACCUUUUCCCAGAGCAGGAGGAACUGUAUACUCAGUUUUCUAGGAUUAACACUAUGCAGGAUAUAAGGGAGUUCCUGAAUAAAAUUAAUAAGAACCAGGGAGAACAGAGGAAAGUUAUAUCUCUACCUGUACUCAGAUGUUUUCUGGGAAGUCAGGAGCUGUUGAAGUUGGAUGAAAUUGUAGAAUUCUGGAUGGAUUUUAACCUGGGAACAUCAUCCCUCUCCUGUGUUGCAGUUGUUAAGGGCGCCGAGAUUCCAAUUUGCUUCAUCGUGAAGAACUCUGAUGUAAAGAAGAUAAGAUUGGAGUGUAGUGAGGAUGGAGGAGUAAAGAUGAUAAUAAAGCUGAUCGAACCUUGUGAUCAGAUAUUCUCCAACCUGCCCCAACCUGAAUCCAGGAGAUCCAUCAAGAUAUUGUUUAAUCAGGAAGAGCUGUAUCUGAAGAAACUGAUCCAACGUGUUUUCCCGGAUAAGUUUAGACGUUUUAGAAAGUAUAAAGAUAGUAUGCAGAACUCAAGGUUUGAUGAUGAGAUCUCUCAAGACUCUGUCUACAAUCCAAUCAAUGAGAAAGCUUCAAGAUUGAACCCUGCACUAACUAUUCAAUACAUAAAUGCUUCCAACAACUCGCUUAUGCAUGAUGAUUCACUGGAAUCUAGAAGUAGGGAAAAUGAUCCUGCAGAUCAGUCCACAAUCAAGUUACAUGAUCAAACAUUCAAACUACUGAAUCAGUCCAUGGAGGCUAAUCAAUCCAUUCUAGUGAAUGAAUCGAUGGAAGGAAAUCAGUCCAUUGAGGAGGAAUUUUUUAGCUUUGAAGAGAAAGAGGAAGCUAGUCAAGAUGUCUGUCUUAGAAGUUCAACGAAACAAAGUAAUAAAUACAAAGAUUCUCAGGAGGAAUACACAAAUUCCCAGGAGGAAUUCAUAAAUUCACAAGAUGACUUCAAUGAUUUACAGAAACAACAGUCAUUCAAAGAUUCUACGGGAUACAAAGAUUCCAAGAUGGAGAAAUACGAAGAUUCGCAUGGAUCGGAAGACAUGGAUUUUCAAGGAAAGAAAAGCAAUGAUAUAGGAAAGACAAAGAAGACAUACAAAGUUUACCAAGACAACGAAGGAGAAUACAAAGGUGUUCAAGUCGAUGUGGAAAAACCCGAAGAUAAAGAAGACGACCGAACUAAGAUGGAAGGGAAGAAUCACAACAGUUUUCAAGAGAACGGGGAAGAUCAGCAGAUCAAUGAAUCAAGGGGAGGAACCGAAAACCCCCAAGUUAUACCAAUGAAGGGAAACAAAAAACACCAAGACUCCCGAGAGGACAAAGAUGUCUACCAAAAGAAGACUGGAAACAAAAGUGAAGUAAGUUCCAUCACAUCUGUGAGUUUUGCCUCAGAUUCAAACUUAAACAAAUCGGAAGUAAGAAAACUCCCGUUAGAGAACAGUUUUAGACGGAAAGACAAAACAAGAUAUGAAAAUGAUGUAUCCAGGAAAGAAGGAAGUGUGCCCAGGAAAGCAGAAAGUGUACCCAGGAAAGAAGGAAGUGUACCCGGGAAAGAAGGAAGAGUACCCGGAAAAGCAGAAAGUGUACCCAGGAAAGCAGAAAGUGUACCCAGGAAAGAAGGAAGAGUAUCCAGAAAUGAAAAAGAAGAAGAAGAACCGAGGAAAAGUACUGAGCAAAAAAUGGAUGAGUCUUGGACUCUAGUUAUGACCUCUACUCCUGUUACUGUUAAAACUCCCAAGGAGACUGCCACUAUAAAGGAUAUCAAUAUCAACAAGUAUUUAAAGACUCGGCGACCUGUUAAAGCUGGAAGGAAGAAACUUUACUCAACAGAGAAGUUGAUGUUAGAGGAAGAUUCUGAACCUGGCUCUGAACCAGCUGAGCUCAAGGUUCCAAGCUUUAUUGAUGCUCAUGCUCCUCAAAUCUAUACCAAACCUGCAACCAAGAGUAUGAAAGUCCUGCCAGAUAUCUCUGAAGAAUCCAACCUGACGUAUCCAACUAGCUCUGUUAGCAAGGAUAAACCUAAACCCUGCAGGGAUGAAUCCAACCUGAUGUAUCCGACCAGCUCUGUUAGCAAGGAUAAACCUAAACCCUGCAGGGAUGAAUCCAACCUGAUGUAUCCGACCAGCUCUGUUAGCAACGAUAAACCUAAACCCUGCAGGGAUGAAUCCAACCUGAUGUAUCCGACCAGCUCUGUUAGCAAAAAUAAACCUAAACCCUGCAGGGAUGAAACCAGGAUUAAACCAGGCUUAGCUACAGAGGUUCUCAACACUGUGAGGAAAAGGAAACCAUGUAGUGAUGAAUCCAAGUCUAUUAACUCCUCUAAGAAAAGUAAACUGUCCGAGACGCCAGAGAAAAAUCAUCAAGAAUUUUGUGGAACUGGAAAUAUUGUGAGAAGUUUACGAGUUCGUAAACCUGUUUGUUACAAGGAACCCUCUAUUGAUGAUUCUGAUGAUGAACAGGAACAGGAUCAUGUUUUCCCUGGUAAGAUGAACAAUAAGAUUGUGAGGAAACUGAACCCAUAUGAUUUCGACGAGGAGAAGGAAGAGGAUUAUGUUCAAAUAUCCAGGAAACUGAACCCAUAUGAUUUCGACGAGGAGAAGGAGGAGGAUAAUGUUCAAAUAUCCAGGAAACCCCAACCUUCACAGCUCAAGAAGAAGAAUGUUUCCGGAAAUAGAGUCAAGCAAUCUGAGGAUUCCUACUCUGAAGAGAAGGAUAGUGGAGAAGAAGGUUCCAAUAGUUCCGACUCAUGUAUCCGUCCUUGCUCAAGGAAGGGGUUACGUGUUAUUUCAGAUACUACCCAGAGCUAUUCAAAUAAUCCUCCCAGUACCAUAGAAGAAGCCGAGGGUUAUUCUGAUACUGCUGUGAAAACUACUAUUGCUCCCUCCCAAGGGGUUACUGCUCCUAUUCCUAGCGCUGCUGCUUCCAAAGGUUAUACUGCUACUGUUGAACCUCUAGAGGGAGCAUCAAUUGCCAGCUCAAUGCUCCGGAUGUCGAUAUCCUUCCUGAAGAUGGGUCUGAAGAUGGCUCCAGUCCAGGACCCAGAGGAGAGGAUCAAGAUGAACCUUAUCCAGGAGCAGUUCAGACAGUUUCUUCAACAUCCAAACCAAUAAUCUGAGGUUUUCUUUCCGUACGUGCAUUUCUUAGUAAAUUGUUAAAAUUAAUAUCUUUCGUAGUGCUGCAAUAUUUGAUGAUACCAAAUCUGAAGA